CGCACCCUUCACUUCUGAACUCUUUCCCUCCUAAAGCCCGCGCCAUGAACCCAUGGCUUCCCUCCUCGCCACCGGCCCGCAGGCCCUCGCCGGCGCCGUCGAGCUCGCCGUAUCCUCCCGAUCCCUUCUCCGCGGCCGUUCCACCCACGCGCAAAUCAUCAAAUCCCUCUACCCUCUACCCCUGCCUUCUUUCCUUUCCAACCACCUCAUCAACAUGUACGCGAAGCUCGACCUCCCUUCUCCCGCCUUCCUCCUCCUCUCCCUCGACCCAUACCCCUCCGUCGUUUCCUUCACCGCCCUCAUAUCUGGUGCCGCCCAAAACAACCGCCCUCUCCUCGCCCUCAACCUCUUCCCCCUCCUACUCCGCUCCUCCGUUCGCCCCAACGACUUCACUCUCCCUUCCCUCCUCAAAGCCGCCGCUCGCCUCGGCUGCCCCCUCGCCGGCCUCCAGCUCCACACUUUUUCGCUUAAAUCCGGCCUCCUUUCUGAUGUCUUCGUCACUUCGGCCGCCGUCGAUAUGUACCACAAGACAGGUCUUGUUUCCCACGCCCGCCACCUGUUCGAUGAAAUGCCACAUAAAAAUAUAGUUGCUUGGAAUGCUGUCAUGACCAAUGCAAUUCUCGAUGGUUUCCCCGAAACUGCCAUUGACGCCUUCAUUCGCCUUCGAUUGGCUGCUGAAAUUCCCAAUGAGGUUUCUUUUUGCGCCUUCCUGAACGCUUGUGCCUCGGUGGAGUAUUUCCGGCUCGGAUCUCAGCUCCAUUCCUUCAUCAUAAGGAUCGGAUUUGAUACCAAUGUGUCUGUAGGAAACGCAUUGGUUGAUUUCUACGGAAAAUGUUCUAGCGUGGUUGAAGCAAGGCAGGUUUUUGAUAGCUUGGCCAUCAAGAACGACGUCUCUUGGUGCUCUGUGAUCGUGGUGCACGCACAAAACGCCGAAGAAGAAGAGGCCUUCCGACUUUACCUUGCAACCAGAAGGGAAGGAUUUAUCCCCACUGAUUUCAUGAUCUCGAGCCUUCUCACCACCUGCUCUGGCCUCUCCGGCCUUGAGCUCGGCCGUUCGCUUCACGCCGUGGCGGUUCGAUCCUGCAUCGACGGAAACAUCUUCGUCGGUAGCGCUUUAGUAGACAUGUAUGGAAAGUGCGGGAGUAUUGAGGAAGCCGAGCAAGUCUUCGAAUUGAUGCCUGAGAGGAACUUCGUCACUUGGAAUGCUAUGGUCGGCGGGUACGCCGCUCAGGGAAACGCUUCUAUGGCUCUCAAAGUGUUCGAUGAAAUGACGAUAAGAGAUGAAGUUAAGCCUAAUUAUGUUACUUUGGUGAGCGCAAUGUCGGCUUGUGCGAGAGGAGGAAGGUUGAAGGAAGGAAUGGAAUUGUUUGAGGAGAUGGAGGAGAGAUAUGGAAUCAAGCGGAGGAAUGAGCACUAUGCCUGUGUUGUGGACUUGCUUGGAAGGGCAGGAAUGGAGGAAAAGGCCUAUGAGAUCAUUAAGAAGAUGCCGAUGAAGCCGUCUGUGUCGGUGUGGGGAGCGCUUCUUAAUGCCUGUAGGAUUCAUGGGAAAGAAAAGCUUGGCCGAAUCGCUGCAGAGGAGCUUUUUGAAAUUGAUCCUUAUGAUUCUGGCAAUCAUGUACUGCUCUCAAAUAUAUUUGCAUCGGCUGGAAGGUGGAAGGAAUCCAUAGAAGUGAGGAAGGAAAUGAAGGAUGUAGGAAUCAAGAAAGAGCCUGGGUGCAGUUGGAUAACCUGGAAGAACUCGGUCCAUGUCUUCCAGGCAAAGGACACCAGCCAUGAGAGGAAUGCUGAGAUUCAGGGCCUGCUGGCUGAGCUUCUUCAAAGGAUGGUGGCUGCCGGUUACACUCCCGACACUCGAUUCGCUCUCUACGAGCUUGAGGAUGAAGAGAAGGAAUCAGAGCUUUAUCAGCACAGCGAGAAGCUUGCGCUCGCCUUUGGUCUCAUUUGCAUCCCUCAGGGAAUUUCCAUAAGGAUCAACAAGAACCUCCGGGUAUGUGGAGAUUGCCAUCAGGCUAUCAAAUUCAUCUCUGGGAUUGUUGGAAGAGAGAUCAUAGUAAGGGAUAAUGUUAGAUUUCAUAGAUUUAAGGACUACCAAUGCUCUUGUGGGGAUUAUUGGUGAUUGAAUUCUUUGAUUAUUCUGUUAUAAAAUCGAGUGAAUUAUUAACAUUACUGUUAUGUUAAUUCAAAAUUUGGCAUGUUCA